AUGGAGGCCCGAGGUCAUCGGCCUGAAGGAAGGAAGAGUUUGGGAGAAAUCAUGGCCAGUUGUGAACCGUGUUCCCAGCCUGAGGAGGAGCCUAGCUCCUCGGGGUAUCCCCUGGAUGUGGUGGUGGAUGAAGAAAUCCCAGGACCUUCAGCCCCUUGGGUAGAUCCCAGCCCCGUGCCUCCGUCCCCUGGCCAGAAGAGGAAGAGGGAAUGGUCAGUGGCUUUCGAGGAGGAGACAGAGGAGGAGCUAGUGCCCGACGAAGACGGCGCCUGGGUCGUGGAGACGCUGUGUGGGCUCAAGAUGAAGCUGAAGAGACAGCGGGUGUCAUCAGUGCUCCCUGAGCACCACGAGGUCUUCACCAAGCUACUUGAGGAUCGUGUUGUUAAAAGAUUCCUAGCCUGGGACAAAAAUCUGAUGGUAUCUGACAAGUAUCUCCUGUCUAUGGUCAUAGCUUAUUUCAGCAGGGCUGGCCUCUUUCCCUGGCAAUACCGACGGAUUCAUUUCUUCAUAGCGCUCUACCUGGCCAGUGACAUGGAGGAGGACAAUGAGGGCCCCAAACAGGCCAUUUUUUCAUUCCUCUACGGACGGAACCGUGCCCAGCGUCCCUUGUUCCACAAACUGAGAUUCCAAUUCUUCCGUUCCAUGGGCUGGAAGGCUAGGGUUACCCGGGAAGAGUGUGAACAGAUCCAAGCUUAUGAUCCGGAGCUCUGGGUGUGGGGACGACAUCGCACCCAUAUUCCCUAG